AGAUGCUUUCCAAAUUCAGGAUAUCCGCAAUCUUUACCGUCGUACCAUGAUCGUCUCAGAGGUUUAAAUCUUCAAAGUUUGAAAUAUAGACGGAUUGUAAGCGACCUAGUGCUUUGUUUUCGAAUCUUGCGAUUAGAAACAAAACUUAGAGCUAGCAAAUACUGGGUUUUCAAACCUUGCAGUCAGAGAACAGGUCACGUUAUAUGCUUUUGCUGUGGUUCUACGCAUUAAUGUGUUCGUUCGGUGUUCCCUGGGUUCUAGACUGCGGUUGUUUUAUAUCAUGGUCAGCGCUACAAUGGUUUGCAAAUGUUUGUGUUGGCUAAUGUCGGAGCAAAAAAUACAAGAAGAUAACUAGAGAUGAGAUUUUUUUUAACAAGUCGA